CGGACAGAAAAAAAAAAGCCAGGAACGCUCACCCAUGCUCCUUUUUGGUGAAUGGGUCCCACAGGCACGGGCGCGAAAUCCAGAUGGUGCAUAUCGCCUUUUUAAAUACUUUACUCAUCCCCACUCCCUUCGUUCCGCUACAGCAUUUCCAUCCUCUGCCCUGGCGUCGCUUGCCCGGUCCCAUCAUAGAACUGAAGACAGGCCAGAUGUGCAAAGCCUUGUCGUCUUGAUUCGCAGAACCCCGUCUUUUGGCUUCUUGACGAUUCCCGUCCCUUGGCUUUUUCUUCUUUUUUCCAGCUCUGUUUUCAGGCCCUUUCCCCCGUUCGUCGUUGCAGGUAAACAGACCCCGGAGAUAGGAGACUUGGUGGCCCAAUCCAAGCCAGGAAAUACCUAGGCAGCUGGACGGCAGUGGACGGCAGCUGUAGCGGAGAGGGGGCAAAGACUUCACAUCGGACGCGAUCUGGACGUGGAGAACGCGACCUUGGAAGCGCAUCCAAUCUGAACCUCACCUCAGGUCCUGGGCCACACAUACCUCAAUAUCCCAAUCCGAGCAAGCUUCUUCCACCACCUAGGCCUCUCCCAGAGCUCAAUUGCUCAUCCCGUCCUGCCAAUUGUCAUGACCAGUACCUGACAGGAUCACCACAACAUGGAUUCAUCCCCAUCGGCAAUGAAGACCCUCGGCGGGAUGGAGCCAACCCUGCCCUCGGUAGCAGGCAUCAAACGCCCGGCCCCGUCACUGCUGCCGCCGUUUGAGCCUUUGUCUUCAUCCCCAGGUCUGCCUCGGCCUUCGAAGCGGCAGGCCACGUCCAAUGCCUUUCUGAAAUACCCAACGCCCAUCCCGACCUCGAGUACUGGCAUUCUGUCGUCAAGCCCUCCACGCGUCGGGUACAACUAUGGAUAUGCCGCCCCAUAUAUGGCCCCCCGCCCCGGCCUUCAAAGGACCUUGUCGACCGUGUCAGAACGCGCCCCCCUUUCCGACGUACGCGCUGUAGUUAUGAAAGAGAAUGGAGAGACUCUUCUUAUGGGAAGGUCCAGCAACUCAUCUCACUAUCAGCUAUCGUCGAACAGGCUGGUCAGCCGAGUUCAUGUUCACGCUCGGUAUAUCCCCGCCACGGAAGCGCUUGAGCCCAACAAGGUCGAGAUUACGUGUACGGGUUGGAACGGUUUGAAGCUGCAUUGUCAAGGGCAGACAUGGGAGCUGGCAAAGGGCGAUUCCUUCACUUCGGAAACCGAGGGCGCGGAGAUUAUGAUCGAUGUUCAUGACACCAGGGUCCUCGUGCAAUGGCCGCCGCGGGAGAAGGAUCGGGAUUCGUCGGCCCCCUUGAGCGACUCUUCGUGGGAUGAGACACCGAGGCCAAUGCGACGUGGCCGGCGACCAGGCUCCGACUCGGACGAGGGCAGCCCCAUUCGACGACCGAGACGUAUCAGCAGUCCCGAGUCACCUACACCCGCCAACGGAUCGACUUCCAAGGCCGACCUGGACGACUUGCUGUCUGACAACGAUGAGGAUGGUGCCGCCGUUGAGAUCUAUGAGGACGAGGAGGAGGAUGAGCAGGAACUGCCCAAGUUGACAGAUACGGGCAGGGGAGAUACUACCUUGAUCACCAGCGUGGACCAGAGCUUUUCCAUCUCGAGUGACUUGAGCGACCCACAAUCAGAUGAGGACUACGCCGACCAAGAUCCGGAUGAGGAGAAUGACCCCAUCAUACCUUCGUUUGGUCCCUGUGGAGAGAACCUGUCCAGCCGUCUCGAAUCAUUCACCACCGCCACUUCACCCCCGAGAGCCCGAACUCCCGAUCGCGACUACAGUGGCAGCUCUGAUGGAGAGCGGGCUGGCAGUGUCACCCCGAAGCCUCUCAAGUCGUCAAGCGAGAACGUAGCAGGUGCCUCUUGGCAGGCCUCUCCCACUCCGGCUCCGCGCUCACCAUCGCCCGUCAGCAAGCUCAGCGAAGAACUGACAGCGACAAUUUCGAAUCAUGUCAUCAACCAACUCGCCUUCUCCAGACUGUCUUCCACGCCUCUGUCGACCAUUAUGAACAAUCUUCCGGCGGAUGAUCGGAGACAGGUGACCAAGGAUGAAUUGCGCAGGCUCAUUGAGGCAACAGCUUGCAUCGGUAUCAUUGAACGCCAGGGCAAGGAUGCUGCCGGUAAGCCGCUUGAAAGCGAGUAUUAUUAUGUGCCCGAAUUCGACACGGAUGAGCACCGUCGCCUGGCUGUGACGGACGGCUUGCGGAAGCCUAGCUUGAGGGCUUGCCGCAAGCAGCACAAGCAAUACUAUUGGAAGAAACCUCGCACUCCUUGAUGGUAUCACCACAGCCGCCCUAUCAUCAUCACAUCACCCCAUCACCACACCCCACCUCCCCAACAUCCAUCCAACAUCCACCCAACACCCAUCCAACACCCUACCCAUACCCAUUGUGCCAUUUUUUCCCCGAACCCGCUAUGGCGUUAGUUUGUCAAGGCGUCUACUACGGGGAAUCGCUGCUGUUUGUGUUUUUCGCAAAAGAAAAAAAAAGUCGACGUAAGCCCCUUUCACUGUCCAUGUUAACACGUCAUGAGGAGUUCAUUGUGUCUCCCAAAUUCUGUAUUUGCAUGGUUCGGGGGGCCGCAUAGCGCAGGGCGUCGUUUUUUGUUCGAUUUAUAUACAUGUUUAUCAGGCGUCAGCGUCUGUGUUGUAGGUUUGCGCCCAUGGGCCUAGAAGAGAAGGAAGAGAAAGAGGACGAUGAGUUUCGAGUCAAGACCUGCUGUGGAGGUCAACCGGUGCUGUUGAGGGAGGGACAGUUAUUUGCCGGCACGACAUGGAGGAGCAUGCUGAAGAGCAGGAAGUUGUACCACUGCUUACUUGAAACUCCAAGUAAAGAUGAUGAGAUGAAGGAGGUAUGUAGCUGGCUGAGGUUGUCUGGCCUGGUGUUUGAGGUAGCUGCUAGCAUUGUAGAUGUGAAGGCAUUUACAAACCAAAUGAAGAUGGCUAUCUAGGUACCUACCGAGUCAGGCUGUUUUGCCGGUGCUGUUGGAAGAAGACACCGACGCAUAUGAUGAUAAAGAAAACCCAAGCUCUGGUUCCAAC